GAACUCAACAGUUUGAUUCUUCUGUGAACACAAAGUCAUGACUGGCUGAAUAAUAUUUAUUAAACCUGCUGUAACCCAAGAAAACAAGCAGAGAUUUAAAGACAACUGAUCAGUUGAAUGCUGGACAGUUUUAUGAUACUCUAUGGUGUGUGUGUGUGUGUGUGUGUGUGUGUAUGUGUGUUAUUUCCUGUUCUAUUAGCCUUGCCUGUGACUCUUGAACAAACUUGUUUAUCUUGAUUCUUGUGUUCUGAGCUCACAGUCGGUGUUCCUGUUUUACCUCUCAGACUGACUUCAGAUCAGAAGAUGAGUCACUGUGUGGAGGAAGAGGAGGACAGAGAGUCUCUAGUCUCUGGCUGUCUGUCUAUGAAGAGUGACUGGUCCAAAGAUUGUCCUCCAAAGUUCAGUAAUGAACCUGGACCAUCAGAGUCAAACCAGUGUUCCUGUUUUACCUCUCAGACUGACUUCAGAUCAGAAGAUGAGUGAUUGUGUGGAGGAAGAGGAGGACAGAGAGUCUCUAGUCUCUGGCUGUCUGUCUAUGAAGAGUGACCGGUCUAAACAUAUUCCUCUGAACUUCAGUAAUGAACCUGGACCCUCAGAGUCAAAAGUUCAGUACAGACCGAGAGCAGAGUCUCCAGUACCCAGCUGUCUGUCUGUGAAGAGUGACUGGUCCAUGAUGUCUCCUCUGAACUUCAGUAAUGAACCUGGACCCUCAGACACAAAGAAGAGGAAGAUGAGUGAUGUUUCUGUGGAGGAGCAGAUGUCCUGCUGUGCUUUGUGUCAGGACGUCCUGAAGGGUCCAGUCUCUACCAGCUGUACCAGCUGUGGACACAGGUUCUGCAGACAGUGCAUCACCUCAUACUGGGACCAGUCUGCUUCAUCAGGAGACUCCUCCUGUCCCCAGUGUGGAGAAAGACCCAGAACAAGAGCUGGACUGCAUCCAGCCGGUCUGACCAGCACUGUACAAACAGAUAGAGGUCUGCAGGAGGUUGUAGAUGAACAUAAGAUCAGUCUGAAGAAGAGAUGUGAACGUGUGACUGAAGGAACUGAUGAAACAGGAAGUGGAACCCUCCUCAACAGGAUCUACACUGAGCUCUACAUCAUAGAGGGACAGAGUGAAGAGGUUAAUACCCAACAUGAGGUGAGGCAGCUUGAGACAGCUUCCAAGAUAAACGACCUCCUUGACACUCCAAUCAAGUGCCAGGACAUCUUUAAAGCCUUACCUGACCAACUGGGAGACAUCAGAGUUGUUCUGACGAACGGCGUCGCUGGCGUUGGAAAAACCUUCUCAGUGCAGAAGUUCACUCUGGACUGGGCAGAGGGCUUGGAAAACCAAGAUGUCAGUCUGGUGGUUCUGCUUUCAUUCAGGGAGCUGAACUUGAUCAGAGAUGAGCAGUACAGUCUUCUCAUGCUGCUCCAUGUUUUCCAUCCAACAUUACAGAAGGUCACAGCAGAGAAGCUGGCUGUCUGUAAAGUUCUGUUCAUCUUUGACGGCCUGGAUGAAAGCAGACUUUCACUGGAUUUCCACAACAAUGAGGUUGUGUCUGAUGUCACUCAGAAGUCAUCAGUCAACAUGCUGUUGACAAACCUCAUCCAGGGGAAUCUGCUUCCCUCAGCUCUCGUCUGGAUAACUUCCCGACCUGCAGCAGCCAAUCAGAUCCCUCCUGCAUGUGUUGACAGGGUAACAGAAGUACGAGGCUUCACUGAUGCCCAGAGGGAGGAGUACUUCAGGAAUAGAGUCAGUGAUGAAGAGCAGUCCAGCAGAAUCAUCUCACACAUCAAGACAUCCAGGAGCCUCCACAUCAUGUGUCUAAUCCCAGUCUUCUGCUGGAUCACUGCUACAGUUCUGGACCACAUGUUGACUACAGACCAGAGAGGAGAGCUGCCCAAGACCCUGACUGACAUGUACUCACACUUCCUGUUGGUUCAGACAAAGAGGAAGAAGCAGAAGUAUGGUGAGGGACAUGAGAUGAGUCCACAGGAGCUGACAAAGGCUGACAGGGAAGUUCUUCUGAAGCUUGGGAGGCUGGCAUUUGAACAUCUGGAGAAAGGAAACAUCAUGUUCUACCAGGAAGACCUGGAGCGGUGUGGUCUUGAUGUCACAGAGGCCUUGGUGUACUCAGGAGUUUGUACAGAGAUCUUUAAAAGAGAGUGUGUGAUCUUCCAGAAAACAGUCUACUGCUUUGUUCACCUGAGCAUUCAGGAGUUUCUGGCUGCAGUCUACAUGUUCCACUGUUACACAAACAGCAACACAGAUGUACUGAAGGACUUCCUGGGAGAAGAAUAUGUUCAUUCAACCCUGAAAGACUUCCUGAUGGGAGCCGUGGAGAAAUCCCUUGAAAGUAAAAAUGGCCACCUGGACCUGUUUGUUCGCUUCCUUCAUGGCCUCUCUUUGGAGUCCAACCAGAGUCUCCUAGGAGGUCUGCUGAGUCGGACAAAGAGCAGUUCAGGAAGCAUCCAGAGAGUCAUCAACAACCUGAAGAAGAUGAACAGAGAUAAUAUCUCUCCUGACAGAAGCAUCAACAUCUUCCACUGUCUGACGGAGAUGAACGACCUCUCGGUACAUGAGGAGAUCCAAGAGUUCCUGAAGUCAGAGAACAGAUCAGAGAAGGAACUCUCAGAGAUCCACUGCUCAGCUCUGGCCUACAUGCUGCAGAUGUCAGAAGAGGUUCUGGAUGAGUUGGACCUGAAGAAGUACAAGACAUCAGCGAAGGGACGACAGAGACUGAUUCCAGCUGUGAGGAACUGCAGAAAAGCUCUACUUUCUCGCUGUGGAAUCUCAGAGACUCACUGUGAAAUUGUGGCCUCAGCUCUGAAGUCCAACCCCUCCCAUCUGAGAGAGCUGGACCUGAGUGACAACAAGUUGCAGGAUUCAGGAGUAAAGCUGCUGUCUGCUGGACUUGAGAGUCCAAACUGUAGACUGGAGACUCUGAGAUUGAAUAACUGCAGUUUGUCAGAGAUCAGCUGUGCUUCUCUGGCCCCAGCUCUGAAGUCUAACCCCUCCCAUCUGAGAGACCUGGAUCUGGGUGAAAACGAGCUGCAGGAUUCAGGAGUGAAGCUGCUGUCUGGUUUUCUGGAGAGUCCACACUGCAGACUGAAGACUCUGAGAUUGAGUUGCUGCAGUUUGUCAGAGAUCAGCUGUGCUUCUCUGGCCUCAGCUCUGAAGUCCAACCCCUCCCAUCUGAGAGAGCUGGAUCUGGGUCACAACAAGCUGCAGGAUUCAGGAGUGAAGCUCCUCUGUGGUUUUCUGGAGAGUCCACACUGUAGACUGGAGACUCUGAGAUUAUAUGGCUGCAGUUUGUCAGAGAUCAGCUGUGCUUCUCUGGCCUCAGCUCUGAAGUCCAACCCCUCUCAUCUGAGAGACCUGGAUCUGGGUAACAACAAGCUGCAGGAUUCAGGAGUGAAGCUGCUGUCUGGUUUUCUGGAGAGUCCACACUGUAGACUGGAGACUCUGAGAUUGAGGAGCUGCAGUUUGUCAGAGAUCAGCUGUGCUUCUCUGGCCUCAGGUCUGAAGUCCAACCCCUCUCAUCUGAGAGACCUGGAUCUGGGUCACAACAAGCUGCAGGAUUCAGGAGUGAAGCUGCUGUCUGGUUUUCUGGAGAGUACACACUGUAGACUGAAGACUCUGAGCUUGAUGAACUGCAGGUUGUCAGAGAUCAGCUGUGCUUCUCUGGCCUCAGCUCUGAAGUCCAACCCCUCCCAUCUGAGAAAGCUGGAGCUGUUUGGAAACCAGCUGAAGGAUUCAGAUGUGAAGCUGCUGUCUGAUCUUGUGAAGAGUCCACACUGUAGACUGAAGACUCUGAGAUUAAAGCUGUGAUCUCUGUCAGAGUGAGUGAUCAGACAAGUGGAUGUGUUGAGAGGAUCAGCCGUGUCCUGAUGAUCCACAGAGGUUCACCACCUGGAUCUGGAUCUUAUUUUGUCUUUUGUUUUUUUUAUUCAUUCAUAUAUUCUGAACCCAACAUGCCUCUGCAGACUAGUUAAGUUUAUGACAACAUAACUAUAGAUUAACACAUUUAAAAAGAUCUUUUUGCUUUGCUUCGAGUUGCAGCUCCACCCUGUGGAACGAUGGAGUUUUGCUGUUUAUUUCUAAAUAACAAUGGAAGUUAAUAAAGUUACCCUAUUAAAACCAACAUUUUUCAAUGCAACACCGAAACGUAAACAAAUUCAUGAUGAAACAAAUACCUUAAAUUUCCGUAAAAUCAUCUCUCAACAUCAGUGGACAGAUGUCCUUAUAUUGGAUGAUCCUCAGAGGGCUUUCACCUCCUUUUCUAAUAUCAAACUCACAAUGUUACAGGGAGUCUUUUCCCAUUACAUUUGUCUCCUCCAAAUCUCACUGUAGAUCAGAUAAUCCCUGGAUAACUCCUGCUAUAAUGACUUAAGUAAAAACUAAACAUAGACUUUACAAAAAAAUAUCUAUGGAAUCCUACUCCUUUGCUCAAUUUAAAAUGUUAUGAAAAGAUCUAAGAAACACUACUUCAAUACC